UAAAAAUGUCAUCCAGAGCUCCAAAUUCCGAAAUCAUCAUUCCAAGAGAAGGAGAAGAGUUAGAAGAAAGUUCUUUAGAAAGAAAUAAUCGUGUUAUAAUCUCUAUCUCGCCAAAUAAUUCUGUAGUCCGACCGCAAUCUGACUCAGACAGUGGAGAUGCGGACGACCGGGUUGAUAACAUUCUCUAUGGUAAUCCUAUGUGUACAUUGAGAAAAACUAUGGGGCUUGUUUUAAAAAUUUUGUGAGCAGCUCUAAUGCUCGGAGUGACAUGAGUUCUGAUGUGGAUAUUCAACACUAACCACCCUGCUGCAAAAAGCACAGUAAUGUUUAUCACAAUGAACGGAGUAGCUGCACCUUUUAUUCUAAUUCUGAUCAAUAUUCUGAUUACUUUAUUCUUCCUCCCAGGUAUAUUUGGAGCUCUUUUGUGAGGUUUCAGCUACUGAUUCAUUAUUUCAAAUGUUCCACUCGUCUUGCUUGCAGGUACAGCCACUUGCUUCAUAGGUUUUUCUAUCGGAAGCAUUAUGGCAAUGUACAUUGGAAGAUACCUUGCUAAGAGCUGUAUUUAACAAAAUUCAUGAUAAGAAUAAGUACCUGAGAGCAUUGAGCCUUUGUUUCGAAAAGAAAGGUCUGAAGAUUAUGUUCCUUCUAAGACUGUCUCCAUUGAUCCCUUAUAAUUUGUUAAAUUAUGUAAUGGGUGUCUAUCCUAUCACCAUCAUACAGUUCUCAAUUGCUAAUCUAGGGAUGGUUCCAGGGAUCCUUAUCUAUGUCUACAUCGGCACUGCAGUAUCGAGUAUGGGAGCUCUGUUCGAGACCAACAGCGGAGGAUCGAUUCUGAAGAUAGUUAUGUUCUCUAUAGGCUUAAUAUUUGCUGUAAUUGCUAUAAUUAUCAUAAUUGCUUACACGAAAAAAGAACUCAACAAAGCUCUCAAGGAUAAAGAAAAAGAAGAGAAAAAUAAAAUAAGAAGUGACCAAGAAAGUGGACUCCAAGACCAAAAUAAGAGCGAGUCCAGAGAACUGAGACUUGGAGACCAAGAUGCUCAAGUCAGCCCCAUCAUUAGGUCUAGAGAUCGUGACAACUCAGAAACUUUGCAUGGAUCGAUCAAGAGGCCCAGUAAUGACGACUUCGUUCAGGAAAAACCGAGCUCUCAAGAGAAUUUUGUGAAGAAAAAUACUGACAAGUUUACUUCAAAAAUUGCUAUCACGCCAAAUCCUUCAAGAGGGAAAAUGUCAGUCGAAAAGGAUGAGCUCUAGUGGUUCAAACCUCAAAAUAUUUUCUAAUUUAAGACGGAUCCAGUUUCA